AUGAGUGAUUUAGAAAGUGAGAAUGACCCAACCAAUAGACAAUCAGAUAGACUACGAGAAAAGUAGAAGAGAAAGUACAACUUAAUGGAAGAAGAAAACUACCGUGAAGAGUAAAAUGGAAUUAGUAAUGAAAGACGGUCUGCCAGAGCGAUCAAGAGGAAUUAUGCAGCUACUAUGAGUGAGGAAGAAGAGUCAAUGAAUGAACCAACUUUAGAAAGUGAAUCAAGGCGUAUAUUCGUUCCUGAGAUUGAUCAAAUUUUGUGGCGAAAAACAGACCAACACACUGGGGAUCUGUAAUAUUUGGUCAAAUACAAAAGACCGAAGCUAUUUCCAUACCAAAGUGGCUUGAUGAAUUGA